CCCCAUCCCUCCCAACCACUCUCCUCCACCUCCCCUUGCCGCUCCACUCUCUCUCAUCUUUCCCUUUUCUUGUUCAGUCUCUCCACUUAGCCGAAGAUCGACGGCGGAUUCUCCGGCCCGGCCGUCAUCAUCGGAUUCCGUUCCUUUUCUCGGAAAAAAUCUCCGCAGAAAGUUUUAUUCUUUUUCGAUAUUUAUCCCUUUUUUGUGAAGAUUUCCAAGGGAGAGAAUAAAGGCCCCGCUUUUUCCCCUUCUGCUGAGCUUCUACGGUUGCAAAGGAGCUGUGGAUCUGACUGCGCACGGCGGGAAAGCGCAGGUGGAUUGCGGGAAUCGUAUUCCUCCCGCUCGCGAAAGCGGAAGCACGCACCGGGGCGACAGGCAGCCUUUGACGGUUUCCGAGAACCUUCCUGGUGGCGAUGUUCUAAGUUAUUAAGUGACUAAAGGGGAAGACGCAAAAGGCAAGGAGGAGAGAAAACGUAAACCUGAUCUUCACUCCGUUUCGACCUAAAACCCUGCACGAUUUUUUUUUUGCUUUUCCGGUGGACGAAAAACGAAGGAAGUAGAGAGCUUCCUCUUUAUUCUGCACUCUUCUUGCAUCCGAUUCGUGAAGCGAGAAGAAAAGAUUGUCAAGGCUCCAGAAGUGCCGGAGCUUAGUGGGAUUCUGCAUCUAUCAACCGUCGCGGAGUUAGAUUCUUCCACGGAGCUUGUUUUUGAUGUUGGAGAAGAAUCCUCGACAGUAUGACUUGUUUUUCGGUGGGAAACGGACGAGAACCCGACGGGCGGAGGGAUUUCUCGACGGCCUCGACUUCCGGCCGGCGAAGCGGACCUAAGGUUGUCAGAGUCCACUUCAACGACGUGGACGCUACUGACUCGUCGAGCGACGAGGAAGGCGAUCAUUUCUGCAGGUUGCGCGUCAAGAGGCAUGUGCUUGAAAUCAAGAUCGCGGCCGCGCCUGAGCCGGAGCAAGCGAGGAAGCGACGGAAGAUGACGACGAGGCGGACGGAGUUCUGUCAGAAAACCGAGGAGCCGGAGGGGCGGAGAGAGAAGUUCCGGGGCGUCCGGAGGCGGCCAUGGGGCCGCUGGGCAGCGGAGAUCCGAGACCCGACCCGCCGGAAGCGUCUCUGGCUCGGCACGUUCGACACUGCGGAGGAGGCCGCCACCGUCUAUGACGACGCAGCCGUGAGGCUCAAGGGCCCCAACGCGGUCACCAACUUCUCCAAGGCGCCCUCCACCCCAUCUGUUUCCUCUCCGACGUCCGUCCUCCCAGCGUCCACCGGUGAGCCCACUCCCUUCGACAAGCCCCCUUCCGAGUCCGAGUCGGAGUUCACCGUAUCGGAUUCCCCCCUGUUCGAGCCGUUCGCGGCCGGGUUCGACGUCUUCUCCUGGUCUCCCCCUCCGUCGCCGCUCCCGUUCUUCUCCGACGUGGCGUGGAGGGCGAAGCGGUGGCGGGACGACGACGGGGACUUCGGUGAUCUGGACGAUCUCCUUCUCCAAAUCGGCGAUUUCCUGCCCUCGUCAACGUCGUGACCCGUCCGCGCUCCGUUCGGCCCCACCCACGCUUUUUUCUUCGUCCCCUUCCGUCGGCGCUGCCACGUGUGGAUUGUGGAUGGCAGAUUUUGUGACCCGCCCAUUUUUGUCUGCUAUUUAUGUUUUUUUUUUUCCCUUUUCCGUUCUCUUUCUUUUGCCCCUCCUCCUUUUCUUGUAACGUAAUUGAGUGUAAUCGAAUGGGAUG